CAACUAUUUAAGUGUAAGGUUGAUGCCGCAACGAAGCAAAUUAAACUCUCCUAACAAACGAUGGCUUAUGCUAAACUCAUUCCUUUGGCUGUGUUCAUGCUUGCCACAUUCUUAAUGUUGCCGAUGAAGAAGGUAGAAGCAAGCUGUAAGGAUAAUAUUUGUGUAGGGUUUUUUCUACGAUGCGGUGACCGUUGUUUUUGUUAUCCCCAGAUAGGAUGCGUCGAACAAAUAAUUGGGGAAAAUCAUCCUAACAUAUGUCACUCUCAUGUUGAAUGCAUGAACAAGGGAAGUGGGAGCUUUUGUGCUCAUUCUCCUAUUCUUGAUGUUGAUUAUGGUUGGUGUUUUGCCUAUAAAUCUGAGGCAGAAGACUUAUUGAAGAUGUCGGGGACCGCUUAAUGUUGAGAUAUAUGCAAUCCGGUCACUUUAACAAGAGAAAAACUAUUUUUUAAAUUUAUUGAAUAAUUAAUGUAUUUGAUUUAUGAUAUAUACCAAAUAUAUUAUACUCUUAAAAACAAUUUUUUGUAUAUUAUAGUGACCAACGGGUAUAUGUCCAAUGAAAUCCAUGAUAUGAAUAUAAAUCUUGAAAAAUAAGUCUUUGUUUCCAACCGAUGAGUUGGAUUAUUUAGAAA